AUGGGAAACUCAUCAUUGCCUUAUUCGUGUGACAUAUUAUCCUCUCCAGAAAGCGUGCAUACGCAAUCUGAAGCCACGCUUAACUCUAUUUUUCGUUUUUGUAGUAUAAAACCAUAUUUUUAUCACUUUGCGUCCACAACUGACCCUUUUUUUCAACAACCUUACCAAUCCUUCAAUUCAAUUACCUCAUGCCUACUUUUACAAUUCACGGAUAAACGUUUCCAACCAGCUCAUGACUUGACGAUUGGGGUAGAAUUUGGGGCACGUUUUGUUGAAGUCGAAGGAAAGAAAAUUAAACUCCAAAUUUGGGAUACGGCUGGCCAAGAAUCUUUUAGGAGUAUAACGAGAAGUUAUUAUCGAGGUGCAGCUGGAGCUUUAUUAGUUUAUGAUAUAACUAGGCGUGAAACUUUCGAACAUCUUCUCAUCUGGCUCGAAGAUGCUCGACAACACUCAAAUUCUGACACGACCAUAAUGCUCAUUGGAAACAAAAGUGACCUUGAGUCUAAACGCGUUGUCUCUUAUUCAGAGGGUGAGACGUUUGCGCGGCAGCAUGGCUUAUUUUUCAUGGAAACUUCGGCAAAGACUGCAGAAAAUGUUGAAGAUGCAUACGUCGAUACUGCCAAGGACAUAUAUGAAAAGAUCAAGCAAGGUGUCUUCGAUGUCACAAAUGAGGGGACAGGCAUCAAAGUUGGGAGUCAUUUACAGUCGGGAGGAGGCUCGCUGCCAAUCAAUGUAAAUGGUGGUAAUAAUAAUUGUUGUUGA